AUGGUAACUCAACCUCGUCUAAAGCUCGCCCUGAUCGGACUUGGCCGUCUCGGUUCCAUCCGUGCCCGGAUCCUCGCUUUUCAACAGCCUCGAAUCGAGCUUGUCGCUGCCUGCGACACCAAGCCUGGUAGUGACAAAUGGGCGGCGACCAACCUUCCAUCUUCGGUGCAAUUCUUCGCGGAUCCAGAGGAUUGCAUGAAAAAUAGCGGUGCUGAGGCUAUCCUUAUUUCCACCGCUACUGCCACUCAUGCCCCCUUGAUUAUUCGAGGCCUUGAUCUGGGCUUGCAUGUUAUGUGCGAGAAGCCAAUCUCGGUGGAUGUCAUAACUACGGAGGAAGUGAUUGCCAAGGCUGCAACGAAGCCUCAUUUGAAGCUCUUGAUUCCUUUCUGUCGGCGAUAUGAUGACUCUUACCGUGCUGCAAAGGAGAUGGUACAGAACAACUCACUUGGUGAUAUCCACGCCGUCGAGACUACAUGUAUUGACCAACAGGAUCCUACAGGCUUUUUCGUCAGCUUCUCUGCGCAAUCAGGAGGUAUUUUCGUGGAUAUGGGUGUACACGACAUCGACAUUGGUAGAUACUUCCUAGACGUUAAAUCGGGGCUCAGCAACCCCAAGAAGCAAGUCAACAGGGUUAUCGCGAUGGGCCAGCAGGCAGUCUACGGCGAGCUCGCCAAAUACGGCGACUGCGACAAUGGAUGGGGCCUGGUGGAGUUCGCAAAUGGCAAGAUCCUGACGACGCACCUGGGACGCACUCUCACGAAUGGCUUCGAAGGCAUGACCCGUGUAUGUGGAAUAAAGGGCCAUUCAAUCAUUAACAGCAACUCCGCCAUCAACCGCGUCGAGGUGCGGGACUCGCAUGGAGUGCGCACAGCCACUACACCCGACGCUUUUGUUUUGUACGAUAAGUCGUUUAUCAAUGACCUUGCAGAAUUUGCGUCCGCCGUGCUUGACGAGAAGCCGCUCACUUGCACCCCGGAGGAUGCCUACGAAGCGGCUAAGAUUGCCACUGCGUUGCAGUACUCGUUCCGUACUGGGUUUCCGGUUUACUUUGAUGACAAUGGCGCGCCAAUUAUGGAGAGUGCUUCUACGAAUGGUCACUAG